ACUAAGCGCCGCGCACGACAACACACGCACACACAGCACUUGCGUCCGGCUGCCGUAGCUAACGUUAGCGUAGUUUGCCGAAGAUGGCGGCUUGUAGACGUGUGCAGCUUCUCUUACUCUGCGCGUGUCUCUCUUCUCGCGUCUGCUUCACUCUGGGAGGAAAGUCGCAGGGCGGACUGAAUGAAAAUGCACCGGAUAAUGGCGAGGGUGGUAAAAACCCGGGCGCUGCGCUGCAGGAAGGGAAGCCUGCAGGGGCCCCUCAGCCCCGCCGCACCACCGGCUGGAAGCUGGCAGAGGAGGAGGCCUGCCGGGAGGACCUGACGAGGCUUUGUCCCAAACAUUCCUGGAAUAACAACCUGGCCGUGCUCGAGUGCCUGCAGGACCGAAAAGAGGAUACGGAGAUCUCGGGUGAUUGUAACCACCUCCUGUGGAACUAUAAGCUGAACCUGACGACAGACCCGAAGUUUGAGUCUGUGGCUGUGGAGGUGUGCAAGAGCACCAUCAGUGACAUUAAGGAGUGUGCAGCAGAAGAGCGAGGAAAAGGCUACUUGGUGUCAUGUUUGGUGGAUCAUCGUGUUAACAUCACUGAAUAUCAGUGCAGUCAGUACAUAACGAAGAUGACCAGCAUCGUCUUUAGCGACUACCGCCUCAUCUGUGGUUUCAUGGACAAGUGCAAGGAGGACAUCAACACAUUACACUGUGGAAGUGUUAACACCGGCGAGAAGGAUGUGCACUCUCAGGGAGAGGUGAUAGCCUGUCUGGAGAAAGGUCUGGUGAGUGAGGUGGAGAACCAAGCAGGACAUUAUUCUAUUAAGGAGGAAUGUAAGAAGGCCAUCAUGCGCGUGGCAGAGCUUUCUUCAGAUGACUUCCACUUGGACAGACAUCUCUACUUCGCUUGCCGGGAGGACCGAGAGCGCUUCUGCGAAAAUACUGCAGCAGGAGAGGGACGGGUUUACAAAUGUCUCUUCAACCACAAGUUUGAAGACACUAUGUCUGGAAAGUGCAGGGAGGCUCUCUCCACCAGACAGAAGCUGAUUGCCCAGGACUAUAAGGUCAGCUACUCUCUGGCCAAGGCCUGCAAACAGGAUCUGCGCAAAUACCGCUGCAGUGUGGACACCACUCUUCCCCGAGCUCGAGAGGCCAAGCUUUCCUACCUGCUCCUGUGUCUGGAGUCAGCUGUUCAUCGAGGACGCACAGUCAGUGGUGAGUGUCAGGGUGAGAUGUUGGACUACAGGCGCAUGCUGAUGGAAGAUUACUCUCUGAGCCCGGAGAUCGUGCUUCACUGUCGUGGUGAAAUCGACUCACAUUGCUCUGGUCUGCACCACAAGGGCCGAACACUUCACUGCCUCAUGAGAGUGUCCAGGGAGAAAGGCCUUAUGGACAACAUGUGCCAGAAAGCUCUCCAGACUUUGAUCCAGGAGACUGACCCCGGUGCAGACUAUCGGAUUGACCGUGCCCUCAACGAGGCCUGUGAGUCUGUCAUCCAGACUGCCUGCAAACACAUUCGCAACGGAGACCCCAUGAUCUUGUCUUGCCUGAUGGAGCAUCUCUACACUGAUAAGAUGGUUGAAGAUUGUGAACACAGGUUGCUGGAACUACAGUACUUCAUUUCCAGAGACUGGAAGCUGGACCCUAUCCUGUACAGGAAGUGUCAGAAUGAUGCAGCACGUAUCUGCCACACUCAUGGCUGGAAUGAGACCAGUGAGUUCAUGCCCCCUGGAGCCGUCUUCUCCUGCCUGUACCGCCAUGCCUACCGCACAGAGGAGCAGGGCCGACGGGAUUCCACCGAACUUCAAAGUGAUAAUUCUUUGUCGCGUGACUGUAAGACGGAGGUGCAGCGAAUCCUCCACCAGAGGGCACUAGAUGUGAAACUGGACCCAGAAUUGCAGAGGCGUUGUAUGAUUGAUCUGGGGAAAUGGUGCAGUGAGAAAACUGAACCUGGACAGGAGCUGGAGUGUCUGCAGGAUCAUUUGGAGGAUCUGGGCUCAGACUGUAGAGAGGUUGUGGGUAACCUCACUGAGCUGGAGUCUGAGGACAUCCAGAUUGAAGCCCUGUUGAUCCGAGCAUGUGAACCAGUCAUCCAGUCCCACUGCCACGAGGUGGCAGAUAAUCAGAUAGACACUGGAGAUCUGAUGGAGUGUCUUGUGCUCAAUAAGCACCAGAAGGAGAUGAAUGAAAAAUGUGCAGUGGGAGUCACUCACUUCCAACUGAUCCAAAUGAAAGACUUCCGAUUUUCUUACAAGUUUAAGAUGGCCUGCAAAGAGGAUGUUCUGAAACUCUGUGCUAACAUAAAGAAAAAGGUGGAUGUGGUAAUCUGUCUGAGCACCAUGGUCAGGAACGACACUUUGCAGGAGGCAAAAGAUCAGCGUGUCUCAAUGAAGUGCCGCCGUCAGCUCAGAGUGGAGGAGCUGGAGAUGUCAGAAGAUAUCCGCCUGGACCCAGAUCUGUAUGAGAGCUGCAGGCAGGACAUUAAGGAACAUUGUCAGAAUGUCGUGUUUGGCAAUGCUCAGGUGAUUGAGUGUCUGAAGGAUACGAAGAGUCGCCUGUUGCCACGAUGCCACCAGAAGAUCUUUAAACUGCAGGAAACUGAAAUGAUGGACCCUGAACUUGACUUUCAGCUCAUGAGAGUGUGCAAGCAGAUGAUUAGGCGUUUCUGCUCAGAAUCUGAUGCCAAGAACAUGCUGCAGUGCCUGAAACAGAACAAGAACAGCGAGCUCAUGGACCCCAAGUGCAAGCAGAUGAUCACCAAGAGACAGAUCACUCAGAAUACAGAUUAUCGACUGAACCCAGUGCUGAGGAAGGCCUGUAAGGCUGACAUCCCAAAGUUCUGCCAGAACAUCCUGAACAAAGCAAAAGAUGACAAUGAGCUGGAGGGCCAAGUUAUCUCAUGCCUCAAACUUAAAUAUGCUGACCAGAGGCUCUCUCCAGACUGUGAAGACCAGAUCAGGGUAAUUCUGCAGGAAUCUGCUUUGGACUACAGAUUGGACCCUCAGCUACAAGUGCAGUGCGCAGACGAGAUCCCGCGACUGUGUGCAGAGGAGGUAGCCGCACAGGAGCAGACAGGCCAGGUGGAGGAGUGUCUGAAAGUGAACUUGCUGAAGAUUAAACAUGAGGGCUGCAAAAAGGAGGUACUUAAUAUUCUGAAGGAAAGUAAGGCUGAUAUCUUUGUGGACCCAGUACUGCAUACAGCCUGUGCUCUGGACAUUAAGCACCAGUGUGCUGCUAUCCCCCCUGGCAGAGGAAGACAGAUGUCUUGUCUGAUGGAGGCACUUCAAGAUAAGCGUGUAAGACUACAACCAGAGUGUAAGAAGAGAUUACAGGACCGCAUCGACAUGUGGAGCUAUGCUGCCAAGGUGGCACCAGCAGAAGGUUUCUCAGACCUGGCCGGUCAGGUCCUCUCCUCCCCUGCUAAGAACUAUAUCUUGACGACGAUGGGCAUGUGUGUGGUACUGCUCUUCCUAAUGGGGCUGCUGUGCGGCCGCAUAACCAAGCGUGUCACCCAGGAACUGAAAGACAGACCACGAAAAUUCUUGUACAGAUAAUGAGUUACAUUCACAUACAAGAAAAAGUAAGGACAACACCCUAAACUGAUCGUCCUAAGCACUAGUGUUGCAACGUCUCGCAGCCUGAUCGAAAUCAAUAUUAUUAAUUCUGCUUGUUUAAUAAAUUCCCAUCUUCUGUUUUGAAAAUUGUGCUGUGCGCUUGUUGAAUAUUGAAGGUCUGGUCCACUGAAAAGGUUGAGCUUUUGAUUAAAAAAAGUAACAAUAUCAGUAUUAAAUUGUCUUAAAUUUAGUUCUGUGCUUGCAUUAAUUUAGUAGUGUUGUGAGAUAAAAACUUAAGCAGCUGCUUAAGAGUCAUCGUUGAAACAGUGGUCAAUUUUUUUGGAGGACCAUUCCUCAAAUAUUCCUUAAAUGAAAAUUCAAUUUUAAGUGGGUAAAUCUGUUAAUUCUGCUAAAUUACUAUCAAAUAAUUGUCUUAAUUUCAGACACACAUGCACUCAGAUGGUGUAAAAACACAGUGAUUCUACAAAUGCUUACUUACUGCUGUGAUUUUCUCCCAGUUGACUGUAGACUCAUGAACUAUGAGAAAAAUGCUAAAUAGCAAAGAUGAAUUUUGUUUCUGUAUUUUUUCCCAGUCUACAAAUUUAUUAAAAGUAUUCUCCCCUCAGAUCUGAUUAAGCCAUGUAUUAUACAUAUAUAAAACACGCUUUUUUUCUUGUCUUUUUUCUUGGACAAUUGUUAAUAAAAUCAAUUUGCUGGUUUGUA